GGAAACAGUAUAUGAUUGCUAAGUUUAUCCAUAUUCUUGCUUUUUCCUUCUGCAACCUUACAGGGAAUAUUAAGUCCACAUGCAUGGCAAAGGCUAAAUUCGUUCAAGCAAAGUAUAUGUGUUUGAUUCUAAACACAGUUUCUUGUUUUCUAUUUCUUUCACAUAUAAAUAGUAAGUUAAUAGAUUGAUGCUUGUUUGCAUAUUCACUAGCUUUCUUUCUGGUUUCUGCAAAUCUUCACAUGGCUAGUUUGGGUGAUCAUGAUGAGAUCAUAAAGUCUGUUUCUGAUGCCCCGCCAACGCAUUACAUGGUCAAGAUAGAGUCUUUCUCACUCCUUACAAAACAUGCUAUAGAGAGAUAUGAAACUGAGAGCUUUGAAGCUGGAGGCUACAAAUGGAAGCUGGUUCUGUAUCCAAACGGAAACAAGAGCAAGAACAUGAAAGAACAUGUUUCUGUUUACUUGGCUUUAGCAGACUCUACCUCCUUAGGUCCAGGGUGGGAGGUUUCCGCUGUUUUCCGUCUGUAUUUACUUGAUCAAAACAAAGAUAGUUACUUGAUUCUACAAGGGAAAGAGAGACGGUUCCAUACGUUCAAACGUGAAUGGGGAUUCGAUAAGUUCAUCCCUACAGCUACCUUCUUUAAUGCGUCAAACGGUUACCUUAUGGAAGACACAUGCAUGUUUGGAGCUGAUGUGUUUGUUUCCAAGGAGAGAAGAAGUGGGAGAGGAGAAUGCUUAUCAAUGAUUAAAGAUGCUACUAGCUCAAAGCACAUCUGGAAAAUUGAAAAUUUCUCAAAGCUAGAGAAAGCAAGCUAUGACUCAAAUGCUUUCUUCGCUGGAGAUAGAAAAUGGAAAAUACGACUUUAUCCAUCGGGAACAAAUCACGGAACAGGAACACAUCUUUCUAUCUAUCUGAUCCUCGCAGAUCCUGAAACUGUUUCAGACGGUACAAAGAUAUUCACAGAGUUCACAGUAAGAAUAUAUGAUCAGCUUCAAGGCAGACACAUUGCAGGGAAAGUUACUAAAUGGUUCAGUGGAUCGAGCCUGGAGAACGGAUGGGUUAAAUACGUAUCAAUGGUUUAUUUCACGCAGCCAAGUAGUGGUUUGCUGCUUAAAGAUGUUUGUCUCGUUGAAGCUGAUGUCUGUGUUCAUGGAAUCACUAGUGCACUCUGAUCACUCAUUAGCCAAAACAUUUGACAUUUGAUAAUGCAAUACAAGGGAUGAUAAUAUUGAAUAUAAUCUAUUUAUAUAAUUCUCUAGUGAAAAGACAAGAAAAUACAAAAUAUGACUUUUAACUUUCUUACCACAACAAUAACAUACAAGGAUGAUAAUAUUCAAUAUAAUCUUUUAUAUAAUUAUCUUAUGAAAAGAAACAAGAAAAUACAAAAUAUGACUUUUAACUUUCUUACCACAACAAUAACAUACAAGGAUGAUAAUAUUGAAUAUAAUCUUUAAAAUAUCUUCUGAAAAGAAACAAGAGAUACAAAAUAUGACUUUUAACUUUCUUACCACAACAAUAACAUAUGAUAAUAAAUAAUAAUAAUAUAAAUUCUCAACUGCUUAUACUGAAAA